CUGAACCGGUUACGUCACAGCUGUCACAACACAACCUGGUUCGCAUGCUGCUGGUAAAAAGUUGGAAAAGGGCUUUCGUUACUUUUUGCGCAAUUUUCACUCGCAACACAGCCAAAUAACAGAAAAUGAUCGCUCUAAGGACAGUUUGCCAGUUUUCUCGCGUGAAUUCUAUCACUCGCCACAUCGCAACGAAUGCAGUAAGGCAUGCCGAGGCUGCAGUUGCGUCCGUCGGAAAUGAAAAACUUACGAUACCGGUCCCGGAGGGAACGGAUAAGCCGGCUGACCCGAAGCUGGUGUCCAUCGUGGACAGCAUUGCCAAGCUGAACUUGUUGGAAGUGUCGGAAUUAAGUUCGUUGCUGAAGCGAAAGCUUAACCUGCCCGACACGGCCAUGAUGCCGGCCGGAUUUGGUGCAUUUGCCGGCGGUGUUGGUGCUGCACCGGCUGCCGUCGACGAAGAGGAAGCUGCCCCGAAGGUGGUCAAAACGACGUUCAAGGUGAAGCUGGUUAAGUUUGACGAGAAACAGAAGGUAGCGUUGAUUAAAGAGGUGAAGAAUCUGCUCGAAGGCAUGAAUUUGGUCCAAGCGAAAAAGUUUGUCGAAAGCGCACCGACCGUCGUGAAGGAAGAUAUCCCGAAGGAUGAAGCGGAAAAGCUAAAGGAAGCGUUUACCAAGGUGGGAGCGGUGAUUGAGAUAGAGUAAACCGGAGGGACACGUGUUUGUGACUAGCAUUUAAGCCAUUUUAGUUGAAGUAGGAUUAAAUAAACGAACAAUCCACAGUAACAGUUCAUCAUGCAGAA